UUUUUUCAGCAAGCUCAGUGUUUAGCAGUAGCCACGGUUAAUAUUUCAGAGCACUAUAUAAGUAUCCCAACUCCUCACCUCCCGCCAUAUUCUACAUUUUCAGUUUUCAUUCAAGUUUUUGAAAUACAUACGAGUUCCAGAGUGUUCUCUCUCUCUCUCUCUCUCUCUCUCUCUCUCUCUCUCUCUCUCUCUCUCUUAGAAUUCGCUGAGUUUUUUUGCAACAAUGGUCGUCGCUCAGAAAGUUAAGGAAGCAGAAAUUACCGAGCAGGAUUCGCUUCUUCUGACAAGGAACCUGCUCCGGAUUGCUAUAUUCAAUAUCAGCUACAUCAGAGGUCUUUUCCCGGAAAAGUAUUUCAACGAUAAGUCUGUUCCUGCUUUAGAUAUGAAGAUAAAAAAGCUUAUGCCUAUGGAUGCGGAGUCUCGGAGACUUAUUGAUUGGAUGGAAAAAGGUGUGUAUGAUGCAGUACAGAAGAAGUACCUGAAGACGCUGCUGUUCUGCGUGUGUGAAGCAGUAGACGGGCCGAUGAUUGAGGAAUAUGCUUUUUCCUUCAGUUACUCCGGGUCUGAUAGUCAGGAGGUCUUGAUGAAUAUCAACCGGAGUGGAAACAAGAAGCAAGGUGGAACAUUCAAAUGCAAUUCGACUGAAGAAAUUACUCCCAAUCAGAUGAGGAGCUCUGCUUGUAAAAUGGUCCGGACGCUGGUUCAACUCAUGAGAACUCUGGACAAGAUGCCUGAAGAACGAACCAUACUUAUGAAGUUACUUUACUACGAUGACGUGACGCCAGCCGAUUACGAGCCUCCAUUCUUCAGAGGCUGCACAGAGGGCGAAGCUCACAAUGCAUGGACCAAAAGUCCUUUGAAAAUGGAGGUUGGGAAUGUAAACAGCAAGCAUUUUGUUCUAGCUCUUAAGGUGAAAAGUGUGCUUGAUCCAUGUGAGGAUGAAAAUGAAGAUAACCAUGAUGAAGAAGUUAGUUUAGGAGCUGAUUCUGUGCAGAGGGGCGAGUAUUCCGAUUCUGACAGUGAUGAGGAUAAUUCACAAGAAAAUAAUUUUAUGGUUGUGCCAGCAGAGAAACGACAGGACCAAGAUAAUACCAUGGUUGAUGAAGAUGAUACGCAGGACCCCAUGGAAGAUGAACAACAACUGUCCCGAGUGAAAGACUGGAUCAAUUGCCGUCACCUUGACACAGUUGAACUUACUGAUGUUUUAUCAAAUUUCCCAGACAUCUCAGUGGUUCUGACUGAAGAAAUUAUGGAUAAGCUUGUAAAAGAAGGUGUCCUAUCUAAGACAGGAAGUGACAGUUAUGCUAUCAACAAGAAGAAGAAAUUUGACUUUGAAUACAGUUUGGUCAAACAAGAAAUGGAUGGGCAAGUUGGUGAUAAACCUGCGCAGGGCGAAGAUUUGAUGUACAUGAAGGCUCUGUACCAUGCUCUUCCUAUGACCUAUGUGACGGUUCCAAAACUUCAAAAUAAGCUUGAAGCGAGUCCGGUUACUGUACGGAAGAUUAUUGAUAAAAUGACAAAAGAUGGUUUUGUUGAAGCAAAAGGCAACCGAAGGCUUGGCAAACGUGUGAUACAUUCUGACAUGACAGAGAAAAAGUUAACUGAAGUCAGGAAAGCCUUAAAUAAUGACGCUAUGACUUCAUUGCUAAAUAGUCAAUUCUUUUGCGUUGGGCAGGAUGUGGAUACCAACAAUGAACCACAAAACAAGUCAAGUCUUCUAACUAGCCAUAAUAUGGGUAGGGACAUUUCCACAUGCGGUCUCCUCCACUCUAUUGGUUCAGAUCUCACAAGGAUGAAAGUGAGAUCCGAUACAAAUCAAAAUGAUUCAACUAGGAGCGAACAAACCAUUUCAAAGGGAAAGGAGCCUGGAAAUACUCCACUAAGCAGGGCCGAGGCAAUGGCUUCUCGAGAGAGUUUCGCUGCAGGGAAAGAGAACAGAGCAAAUGUGAACAUUAAUCGCUGUAAUGAGGUCGAUGAGAUUUUGUGUAGUAGAGCCAGCCAAGACAAAAGAACCAGAAAAACUAGCACAGUCAAGGAGCCUAUCCUCCAGUACUUGAAACGCCAGAAAUCUCAAGCUGUCUAAAAGAAAGAUAUUGGUGUCUUGGUCACAGUACGUGAGAACUUUCACUCCACUGAUCUCUCUCAUUCUUGGUUUCCACUUGUGUUUGUGGAGAUUAAAGGAUUAUUUUCUGAAUAUAGCUAAGAAAAAUAAGCCAUGUGCUUGCGCUGUAAGACUGUAUGCUUACAUGGAUAACAUUUCACUUCUUUUUUUUGUCUAAAGGAUGGUAAACAAUGAGUUUGUGGUGGGCCUAGUUCACAGUGAUUGCUUUAGUGUUUUGAGAAUCUUUUUGGUAUAUGAUAUAUAUUAUGGAGAUUCCCUACU